UUUAAACUUGUAAGAGCCGAUUAGAACAUUAGUGAAAUCUAAUUUUAGACGAGUAUUUAGCCUUGAGGAGCUGGUAAACGGGACAAAGAGAUGGCAGCUGGAAACAUGUGCAUGAUAAAGAGCAAGGAGGAGACCGCGGAGUGGACAGGGUUAUUCCUAAAUGAGCUGAAAACCAAGCAGGAGUCCCUGGUGUUUGUGAAGAGGAUGGUGGCGGUGGCCGUGUCCUGCAUCACUUACCUGAGAGGGAUCUUCCCAGAGUUGGCCUACAGAUCCAGAUACCUGGAAGAUGUUUCCAUCAAAGUCUUGCGUGAAAACUGCAACGCUCCUGGUGCUAGCAAAGUUGUGAAAUGGCUGAUGGGCUGCUUUGAUGCACUAGAGAGGCAGUAUCUCCAGAUUAUUUGCAUGGGGGUUUACACCAAUCCAGAAGAUCCUAAUUGCAUCAUUGAGUCCUACAAGUUCAACUUCAGAUACACUGAAAAGGGACCAGAGAUGGACAUACUCAGGAACGACGCCAUGAUGACGCAGGUGACACUGGAUGACACGAAGCGAGCCUCAGUGCUGCUCAUCAGGAAGCUGUUCCUGCUCAUGCAGAACCUGGAAGCCCUUCCCGAGAACGUCUACCUCACCAUGAAGCUGUACUACUACGAUGACGUCACCCCUGCAGACUACGAACCGCCAGGCUUCAAGGAGGGGGUGUCUGACAGCAUGUUGUUUGAAGGAACGCCCGCGCACUUCAAGUUGGGGGAGGUACACACAGCUUAUCACUCUCUGAAAGUCCAGGUGUCAGUGGAGAAAAGCCAGGUGGAGAAACUGCAGAAAGGAGUGUGCUUGCAGGAGAACAAGAGGGCAUCUCCAGAGAAGAAACAGAUCAAGUAUCCUUCGGUAAAAAGGCACCCUGAAGGCGAUCUUCCCUCUGAGGACGAGUCUGCGCAGUUCAAGAAGCCUAAAAGACAGCUGGUUAAGCUUCAGCAACAGCGGUACAUCUGCACCUACCGCUUUAGCCAAGAUCACAUGGAGCUCCUUUUCAAUUCCAUCAGGGCAUCAGGGGGCUGGAAUAACAACCCUUCAGCGGGCCAGUUCCAAGCCAUUUUCCGCCGGCUCAUGGUGCGGUGUGGAGUGUCUCCAAGCAGAUCAGGAAAUGUGGCGAUACAGGAUGAGACUGUGUUCCUGCAGGAGAAACCGACGAGCUUCCAUCCCCUUUCGCCAACAUCCCUGCAAUUGCGCAACAGCGACACCGUGUGGACGCUGGAGAAACAGGCCCGCUCGUCCUCUACGCAGAGCAAUGUCGCUUUCUUUAGCCUGACCCGUGCCUUCACUAGAACUGUGUUGGACUGUGACGUGGAGCAGGACGGGCUCGGCAUGUAA